AUGAAUACGACCGGUACGGAUGAACUUGAACCGGGUGUAUUAGAGGUAUGCAAGAUCGUCUGUAAGGCGUCAAUUGCUGCAACGAAGUACCCGGAACUACAACCAGCAAGCUGGGGCGCCAUAAAUAUGCAAAAGCUAAUUAAAGCCACGCAAGCGUGUGAUAACUCUCCCACAUCAACAUUGUUACCUCAUCCUUAG